AUGAACACGGGCAAAUCUGAAGCAGAACAGUUACUGGAAAUUGGAGAAGAGCUUUUACAAAAACGAGAUCUAAAAGGUUCAAGAGAAAUAGCGGUUCUAGCUCAAGAAACCGACCCUCUUCUAGAAGGUUCCGACCAGAUCAUAGCAAUAGUCGAUGUUCUCGAAGCAGCUGAAAAGCCUCUAAAUCUCAACAACAACAACAGCAACAACCUCGACUGGUAUGCUAUUCUCCAAAUCGAUCGAAAUUACUCGCCAGAUCUGAAUCUCAUAAAGAAACAGUAUCGUACUCUUGCUCUUCUUCUUCACCCUGACAAGAACCGUUUUUCAUUUGCUAAACUCGCCUUCAGGCUUGUGUCUGAUGCUUGGGCCGUUUUGUCUGACUCGGCUCGAAAGGCUGAGUAUGAUAAGGGUUUUGAAUUUGGGGAUAAGAGUUUGGAAAAUGGAAGGGUUAGUUUUUGGACUGUUUGUCCUUAUUGUUACCAUUUGUAUGAGUAUUCUAGGGUUUAUGAGAGUUGUUGCUUGAUGUGUCAGAAUUGUAACAAAUCUUUUCAUGGUGUUUCAAUUUCGGCUCUUCCGCCGAUUGUGCCCGGACAAGAAGCUUAUUAUGUUUCUUGGGGAAUGUUUCCGAUGGGUUUUGUUUUUGAGAGUUUAGAAAAUGGCGGAGAUGGUAGUGUUUCUGCUACGCCAUAG